CUCUCUCAAAUAAAUAAAAUCUUAAAAAAAAAAACAAACCCCGAGGUUCUUAGAAGCGGGGACCGGGGGAGGCAGAGAAGGUAGCACCUGCAGGAGUGCUCUGCACCCAUCUUGUCUUGCCCUCUGGUUACGGAUAAGGACACCGGCUGACACCAGGACGUACGCCGAGCACUAGGAGAUGCCCCCGCUAGCUGCAGUGUCACCCUCACGGCGAUGCGCCCGCUCAGCGUUGUCCUGUCCUGUCGACUGAGCAGGAAACAGGUGCAGAGAGGUCCCCUUGCCUGGCCCAGGGUCCCACCGGCUGCUCAAGUACUUGGCACCCAGGACUCAGACUUGGGAGCUCCGAAUCUUCUGGGUCUACAGGUUCCUCAUGAGGGUGCUGGACACCUACGGUGAUGACUACCGCACCAGCCAGCUCACCAUCGUCCUGGAGGACGAGGGCAGCCAGGGCACAGAUGCUCCCACCCCCGGCAACGCUGAGAACGAGCCUCCAGAGAAAGAGGGGCUGUCCCCGCCCCGAAGGACGCCCGCACCCCCCGAGCCCAGCAGCCCGACCCCGGCUGAGGGGCCCAGCGGACGCAAGAGGCGGCGAGCGCCCCGGGACGGACGCCGAGCAGGAGCUGUGCUGACCCCAGAGCUGGCCCCAGUGCAGAUUAAAGUCGAGGAAGACUUUGGCUUCGAAGCAGAUGAGGCCCUGGACUCCAGCUGGGUUUCUCGGGGGCCAGACAGACUGCUGCCCUACCCCACCCUAGCCAGCCCCCCCUUUGACUGACCCCCACCCCCAAUAAACUGACCCC